AUGAGUGAAGACAUCUCGGUCUAUAACGAGUUCCGUCUGAGGCAGCAGCUUUGUGACGCUUUGAUCAGAGCAGACGGCGUUGAAUUUCUGGUGCACAAGGUCAUCCUGUGUAACUGUAGCCCGUACUUCAGGGCUCUCUUUACGCACUGGUCAACGCCAGACUGCCGUGUCUUCGACAUUCCUGGCGUGUCAUCUUACCUCAUGAAUAUCAUCAUUGAGUUUGCCUACACUGGCCAUGUUCCUGUGACACCCGAAAAUGCCCAAGAGCUCUUCGUAACGGCGGAUCAUUUCAACAUAAUGGGCAUCUUACAAGCCUGCAGCGAUUUCUUUGAGCAGCAGCUGACCCCGCAGAACUGCAUCGGCUUCUGGUUGUUCACAGACACGUACUACUACCCCAAGUUGACACACAAGGCCCUUCUCUACAUUCUGAACAAUUUCGAGCAGGUUGUUGCCACCUCAGAAGAGUUUCUUAUGCUCUCGGUACGACACCUGGUUAAAAUAAUUCAGAGUGAUCACCUCAUUGUGAGAAAGGAGGAGACUGUGUAUGAGGCUGUCCUUCGAUGGAUCGCCUUUGCACCCGAAGAACGAAGAGAACACAACUCUCUCCUUUUGUCCAAUGUCAGACUGACUUUGAUGAGUCCAGAAUACAUCAUAGACAACCUGGCUGAAGAGGAGAUUGUAAAGUCAAGUCAAGAGUGUCGAUUGAUCAUCCUGAAGACCCUGGACCCCUUACUUGAGCACAUGCCUUUCACCAGCAAACCUUUGGUCCCUCCUCGGCUGCCCCCCAACCUCCUGUUAGCUCUGGGAGGCUGGAGCAAUGGUGGGCCUACCAACUUAAUCGAGGCCUAUGAUGCUCGCAUAGACCGCUGGGUCAACGUAGACUAUAAAGAGAAAUUCCCCCGGGCGUACCAUGGCACAGUCUUUCUCAAUGGAUCAGUUUAUUGUGUUGGUGGUUUUGACGGUGUGAAGCAGUUCAGCUCCGUGCACAGACUUGAACUGACCACGCACACUUGGCAGGAAGUGUCACCAAUGCACUCGAGCCGCUGCUUCGUCAGCAUAACGGUGAUGGACGGGUACAUAUAUGCCCUGGGAGGCUACAAUGGUCACGAGCGACUGGAAACUGCUGAGCGCUACGAUCCCAGGAGCAACCAGUGGACUUUAAUCGCAUCCAUGCAUGAGCAGAGGAGUGAUGCCAGUUGCACAAACCUCCAUGGCAGGGUGUACGUUUGUGGCGGCUUCAAUGGGAGAGAGUGCCUAUCGACAGCUGAGUGUUACAACCCUAACACCAACCAGUGGACAAUGAUUGCCCCCAUGAGCAACAGACGAAGUGGAGUUGGGGUCAUCGCAUAUGCAAACCAAAUAUUUGCAGUCGGCGGCUUCAACGGAACCAAACGUUUGCCCACUGCGGAGGCCUACGACCCCUUCACCUGCAGCUGGUACAGCAUGCCGCCCAUGCAGUGCCCCCGCAGCAACUUUGGCAUCUCAGUGAUCAACGGCUGCCUUUUUGUCAUGGGAGGCUACAACGGUUCCGACACCAUCUUCGAUGUUGAGUUUUAUGACGUCAGAACUCAUGAGUGGUCGGAAGCCCGCAACAUGAACGUCUCCCGCAGCGCGCUGAGCUGCUGCGUGGUGUCUGGGAUCAGCAACAUGGCUGAUUAUGCUGCCUCUUUUAACCCUUUCUCCUUGCAAUUACCCUGUGAGCAGAAGGGUGAGGUGGAGGAAUAA